AUGAGUCAAAUAAAAUUUAAUUUGAGACUAUAUGUAAAUGCAUGACUUUUAAAUUGCACUUAUAUUAGAUUCAGACAUCUUUUGCAUAGAACAAAUUUAAAAGGUUAUCACAUUUUUGAAAUCAUAGUAAAUAUUCUUCUAACAAAAAUUGCCCUAAAGCAGGAGUUGCGAGUUAUAAAAUAUGCACUUAAAAGUCUGACACAGAAUAAUUCUGAAAGUUUUAAGGGAGUUACCUCUGAUAUGAUUCACCAAGCCAGUAAGAUCUGACCCAGGUUUAUGAUUAUUAGAUUCCUCUCUUAUACCUCCCCAAUUAUCUCUGUUUAUUAA